CUGUGACCCCAGAGCUCUCUGGCAGAGAAGGCUCGGUGUUCCCAGGAUCCCCGAGCAUUCAGCCAGAACAGUCAGAGCGGCCUCAAACUGGAGUAUUGCUGCAGUGUGUUUUUGGACCAAGGCUUCGCAGUGGAUGGCCCCUUGGCAAGCCACACGCCGCCUCCUCCGGACAUCUCUCCCCAACAGAUGGCUUCGCCUUAGGGUUGCCGUAAUAACUGAAGUUCACCUCGAUCAGUUCUUGGUAUCAAGCAAAGACUGAAACAAGAAAAUAUGGAUAGACUUCUACGACUUGGAGGAGGCAUGCCUGGUCUGGGACAGGGACCUCCUACUGAUGCUCCUGCAGUUGACACAGCUGAACAGGUUUACAUCUCUUCUCUUGCGCUUUUGAAGAUGCUGAAGCAUGGUCGAGCUGGUGUCCCUAUGGAAGUUAUGGGGCUGAUGCUUGGAGAAUUUGUUGAUGACUAUACUGUCAGAGUGAUUGAUGUGUUUGCUAUGCCACAGUCAGGAACGGGGGUCAGUGUAGAAGCAGUUGAUCCUGUGUUUCAAGCCAAAAUGCUGGAUAUGCUAAAGCAAACUGGAAGACCUGAGAUGGUUGUUGGCUGGUAUCACAGUCACCCUGGUUUUGGCUGUUGGUUGUCUGGCGUGGAUAUCAAUACACAGCAGAGUUUUGAAGCCCUAUCAGAACGAGCUGUUGCUGUAGUAGUGGAUCCCAUUCAGAGCGUAAAAGGAAAGGUUGUUAUUGAUGCCUUCAGAUUGAUCAAUGCUAAUAUGAUGGUCUUGGGACAUGAACCAAGACAAACAACUUCAAAUCUGGGUCACUUAAACAAGCCAUCUAUUCAGGCUUUAAUUCAUGGACUGAACAGACAUUACUACUCCAUUACGAUCAAUUACAGGAAGAAUGAACUAGAACAGAAGAUGUUGCUCAAUUUACAUAAGAAGAGUUGGAUGGAAGGAUUAACCCUUCAGGACUACAGUGAACACUGCAAACUCAAUGAAACAGUGGUGAAGGAAAUGUUGGAAUUGGCAAAGAACUAUAACAAGGCUGUUGAGGAAGAAGAUAAGAUGACACCUGAACAGCUGGCAAUAAAAAAUGUUGGCAAGCAGGACCCCAAACGCCAUUUAGAAGAACACGUGGAUGUGCUGAUGACUUCUAACAUUGUCCAGUGUUUAGCAGCGAUGUUGGAUACUGUUGUAUUUAAAUAAUGACUUACUCAUAAACGCUGUUCCUUGUCUAUAAUCAUCCAUUGUUUAAAGCACCAAAACUAAGAUAUAUUUGGAUGUCAAAGACAUCUGGCAUCAUUUACAGUCUAAGAGCAUCACUCUAACACCUUUUCCUCUCUUGUGCAAUUACUUUGGAGAUUUCUUUUUAAUGUCACGGUCUUUGCCUAUUCCUGAGCAAUUCAAGGACUGAAUUAUAAAAUGUGUUGUUUCCAUUUUAAUAUUUCAAAGUUAAUUGGCAGUACAUUAUACAUUGGUUAUUACUUUGAAGAUUUUUUGUUUGUUUGUUUUUGUUUUUAUAAAGUAUGUUAACCUAUGUAAAUGUUCUGUUGGGGUUCAUGAAUUGGGAAAGGGUUGUUGACAAUGCUGUACCAACUGUAACAAUUAGGGGGGAAAUAUUUCAAUAAGUUGAUGAAAAGUAGACCUGUGGCAUGGAUGUGAUUUUUGCAAAGUGUUCCUCUGUGAGUAAGAUGCAUAAGACACACACUCUUUCUCCCAUUCAUUUGUAUGUGUGUGUGUAUGCCUUCAAGCCACCUGUCAACUUAUGGUGACCUCGUGAAUUUCAUAGGGUUUUUCUCAGGCAAGGAAUACUCAGGUGGUUUUGCCAGGAUCGUCCUCUGAAAUACAGUAUAGCCUACAGUACCUGGUAUUUGUUGAAAGUUUCCCAUCCAAGUACUAACCAGAGCUGACCCUGCUGAGUUUCCAAGAUCAGAUGGGAUCUGUUUCCUUUAUGAGAUUUACGCCUGCUCAUUCAUUCAGUAGGAAUAUCAGACUUUGUCUGUCUGUCUUUUUUUUUAAUACCUAGGUUCAGCCUUGAAAUCAAGAGGGAAUUCUAGAAUCCUUUCAAAAGUGAGCAAGAACUUCUUUAAAAAAUGAAUAUGGAAUUUCCUUUCAUUGCUUCUAGGAUUAUAACUUUUCAAAUCAAAGGGAUUGCAGCUUCCAGGCAGGCUUGAGCGUGUCUUUGCAGCCUGUAACCACUGAACCCAAUUCUUCACAUAAUGACCACUUAAACAUUUGCAUAAGAGAAGAUGGAAACAAGAUAGAGCUACAGCUGCAUCAAGUAGUUUGAUGAACAUCUUCUGAAGUGUGCCAGUCUCGUUUGAUAGUUUAGUCUGAUCGUUUAAAGUAAUGAUUGGUGUGGUCAUAAUUGAUAUGGUCAUGAUAAAAUUGAGCAAUAGUUUCAGGGAGGUAGCAGGAGAUUCCUGUUGUGAUCAAAUCUAUACUCCCUCAUGGAAUCUGGAUGAAGGAGUAGAUAAUUUGAGAGAACCAUCCCAGAUUAUCAAAACCUCAGUUAACAGAUUUUACUAAAAUAUUUAUGAGAAUGUGGUAAUUUAAUCAUGAAGCUGUUUUCAGGUUCCAGGGUGAGUGCUCUUAAGUUACCAUAUUCCACAACUUCUCCGUCAAGCAUGGAAUUCCAUACCUCUAGAACUUCAUCUUUUGGUCGUCUUUUCAUUUAAAAAAUCCACCCACCCCUUCUUGUUCAUAGGGCUGCAAAUAACCUUCAAAAUAUUUGGGGAAUGUGUUGCACAAUCUAAGAAAACUCAGAAAAGGUUUAGUGUGUGAUCCAGUAAACUAUCAUAAAAUACAGAAAUUCUUUGUCCACAUGUUCUGUAAAUGAAUGUUUUAAAUAUAUACAGACAACAUCAGAUCACAAACAUACCAUAAAAGGUAUGUUUUUGGUUAAAUUGUCAUGUUUUUAAAAGCCCUGAUUUUUUUUUUAAAAAAACUUACUGUAAUAAAACUUAAUACGAAAUAAAAAGUAUGCAAUAAGCGAACUAUCAUGACCCAUUCUAGAGAAUGUGGAUGAAAACAAUAUUUUUGAAUUAAGUUUUUGAAAUUGAAUAAAGGAAGCCCAGUUACUAAUAAAUUUAAAAUCCAA